AAAAUCAAGCCUGAGCGAAUUAGCGGCAAAUGUCAGUUUGUCUCCAUGUAUUGAUGUUUCAAUUAAUCUUUCGAUCCCUAAACUCCAAUCAAUCGAUGUUUCGAUAGCGGGACCGACUCGUGUAUUAUACAGUCUUUGUUUGAGACCUCGGUAAACGAGCGUGACGUUACGUCAUUAGCCCAUCACAUAUUUCAGGAUCACGCUUAAAUUUCUUCCAAAUUAUGAAUAUUCUUUGGUUCCGUCGUGGGCUAAGAUUUCACGAUAAUCCUGCUCUUCUAUCAACAAUAGAGAAUUCAAAGGAGUUUCUAGCUCUUUACAUCUUUGAUACAACAUUCCAAGAUGCUGGAUACAAACCCUAUCACAUGUAUGGGUUCUUGUUGGAAUGUUUGAAUGAUCUAAAUGAAAGGCUUCAAAGUAUCGGAACAAAGCUUCACAUUUUCCAGGGUUGUCCUCUGGCAGUGUUCCGUCAUAUACAUCAGUCACAUGGUGUCAACAAGCUUUGUUUUAUUCAAGACUGUGAACCUAUCUGGCACGAAAGGGACAAUGCAGUCAAAAGUUUAUGCUUGGAGUUGAACAUUGAAGUUUAUGAACAUGUUGCUCACACCCUUUGGGAUCCCAUGGACAUAAUUGCAUCUAAUGGUGGAACUCCUCCUUUAACUUAUGAGAUGUUUGUGCAUGUUGCUAUGUCAGUUGGUGAUCCACCAAAGCCAGUUGCUGAUCCAGAAUGGAAAGAUGUAAAAUUUGUCUCUAUUGAGCCACUUAAAACUAACAAAUUCAUUCUAUUUGACGGUGUACCUACCCUUGAUGCAGUUGGUGUACCCGAAAAUCCCGUAGGUCGCCGAAAUCGGAAAAUAAUUGGCGGAGAAACCAAUGCACUAAAACAUUUCGCGAUUAGAUUACAAGCCGAAGAAACCGCAUUUCGAAGUGGUUUCUAUCAACCAAACCAAGCCCGUCCUGAUUUGCUUGGCCCUCCUCUAUCCUUGAGCGCAGCGAUCUCAGUGGGAGCUAUGUCAGUCAGACUAUUCUACUGGAAAAUUCACGAGCUUUUUGACAAAGUAAAUAAAGGUAGCCCGCCUGCUUGGUUAGGCAUUACUGGCCAAAUUAUCUGGCGUGAUUACUUCUACGCCAUGAGCCGAAUGAAUCCCAAGUUCGAUAAGGAAGUAGAUAACCCAAUCUGUUUACAAAUUCCUUGGAAUGAAAACCAAGAGCUUUUUGAAAAGUGGAAAAACGGGCAAACAGGAUACCCAUUUAUUGAUGCUGGAAUGAGACAGCUAAAUCAAGAAGGAUGGAUGCACCACUCGGUCCGCAAUGCUGUAGCUAUGUUUCUAACACGUGGUGAUUUGUGGCUAAACUGGGAUAUUGGAGCCGAAUACAUGGCGUAUCAGUUGGUAGAUUCCGACUGGUCUGUUAACUCGGGCAAUUGGAUGUGGGUAUCAAGUUCUGCCUUUGAACGGUUACUCGAUUGCUCCGUUUGCAUCAAUUCGGUGCUCUAUGGCAAGCGCCUAGAACCAUCAGGAGAUUAUAUUCGUCGAUAUGUUCCAGAAUUGGCCAAUUUUGAAUUCGAAUACAUUCACGAACCGUGGAAGGCUCCGAUCGAUAUUCAGCAAGCGGCCAAUUGUAUAAUAGGCAAAGACUAUCCUGCCCGAAUAGUCAUACACGAAGAAGUGUUAAUUCAAAACCAAACAUGGAUGAAGGAUUUUCGUAGAAAGUUCAAAGAAACUCCAGCCCAUUGUCAGCCGUCAUCCAAUAGCGAAGUAUAUAAAUUUUUCUGCCUCCCAGACGACAGUCUCCCGUUCUAACCAAUUCGGGAAGUCGAAUCAUAGAUCCAUCUUUUAGAUUGACUAUUUUUCCAAAAUGUUUACAAAAGAGUUUCAUAAAACUAAUGUGCUGUA